CCCGCUCCGGCGGCGCCGCUUCCGCCGCGCCCGGGCCAAUGAGCGCGAGCGGCCCCGGGCCCGGCCGAGGGCACGGCGCGGGUGGCUGGCACCAGCAUUGUCCACUGGGCCCCGUGGCUGUGAGCAGUGGCCAUGGAAGAUCCUGACAGGAAGAUUGAAGUGGUGCUGCUGGCCUGUGGGUCCUUCAAUCCCAUCACCAACAUGCACCUGAGGCUGUUUGAGCUGGCUAAAGACUACUUCCAUGAAACAGGAAAAUACAAAGUAAUCAAAGGCAUCAUUUCACCAGUGGGUGAUGCAUAUAAGAAGAAAGGUCUGAUCGGUGCGAAUCACCGAGUGACUAUGGCAAAACUGGCUACAAAAAACUCAGAUUGGGUGGAAGUUGAUGAUUGGGAAAGCUGCCAGAGCGAGUGGUUGGAAACACUCAAGGUUUUAAGGUAUCAUCAUCGAAAGCUUUUAUCUGCUGAUGUCACUAAUAGUCUGCAGGAUGAUGUACCCAUAACAAAGCUGGGACGGAAGAGAAAACAGGAACCAAACAGGCAUGAGCCCAUUAAAAAGAAAAAUCAGAGUCCAGUUGUAAAAAGUGUCCCAGAGGUUAAACUGCUUUGUGGAAGUGACAUGCUGGAAUCUUUUGGAGUCCCCAAUCUGUGGAAGUUGGAGGACAUCACUGAAAUUGUGGAAAACCACGGCCUCGUGUGUAUCAGUAGGGCCGGAAGCAACGUUCAGAAAUUCAUCUACGAAUCGGAUAUUUUGUGGAGGCAUAAGAAUAACAUUCACCUUGUGGAAGAAUGGAUCACAAAUGAUAUUUCCUCCACCAAGAUCCGGAGAGCCCUGCGGAGGGGCCAGAGCAUCCGUUACCUGGUGCCGGACGCGGUGCGGGCGUACAUCGAGAGGCACGGGCUGUACAGCGCCGAGAGCGAGGCCAGGAACGCGGGGCUGCUCCUGGCCCCACUGCAGAAACACGCCAGCGACCCCAGGAGCUCACAGGCACUGAACAACUGACCCGCUGGCUGCUCUGGAAAACCACAUUUCAUAAGGAAAGUGUGUUUUCUAGGGGCUGGUUGGGGCUUUUCCUUAGGUAAAUAGGGGGCUGAUUCCGUACAUCUGUAGUUAGCAGUGAGGUUUGGUGCACGCUGUGAUUGGAUCUACACAACCUUUGUCAAGUCCAGUAAUAAGAUUUUCACAUUUUAAUGUUUUGUCCCAGUGCACUGAAGGGAGUAUGAGAAU